AUGACCCCGGGCCCAGAUGUCGCUCCCACCCCUCCCCACCCCUCCGCGUCCCUCCUCGCACCUCCCCACCCCUUCCCACCCUCCUGGACCAAGGUGUAUCACCUAGGAGAAGACACCACUCGCUCCCCCUCGCCGCUCUCCUUCCCCCCGGACGUCCCUCCAGCGCCCCACCUGGAGGACUGCACGGCCAAGACUGCCCUGAGGGUGAAGGCAGAGGCGAGGGGGGCGCAUGGGGAGGACCCUGAGUGGGUGCGACCGGGCAGGUGCUGCAACUGCACGCCCCAACCCCCUUGGAUCCGCGGUUCUGACCCGGCGAAUCUCGCGCUGACACGUGUCUUCCAGCGGGACCUGUGGGAGCGGCAGUUCCCCGCCAGCUGUGCCGGGCGGCGGCUAAUGAUAACCGACUGGCCCCCCAAGCACCAUGGCACCGGCAACAUGGUGCAUGUGAUGGGGUCGUUUCUGAACGCCGCCGUGCGGCACAACAGGACGCUCGUUGUCCGCCCCCACACCUUCCACCGUGCUAGCGGGCAGGAGUGCGCAGACAUCGGGCAGGAGGGCGAGUGGGAGUGUUACUUCUUCCCCGUCGCCUCCCCAGACUGCCUCAAAGUCGCUCUCGCAGCAGAAGCAACAGCACCUAUCGCUCUGUUCAACGAUACCAAGGAAACGGUGCUGGCGUCGGCUACUCAAGUGGUCAUUUGCAACGACACCCACUACCACCACGACGCUGCAAGAGCUGCCAGCCUCUGGGUGGCGCCUGACGGCAGACCGCCCGAGCUGGAGCAUCCAUUCACCAUCGAGCAGCUGGGGAGAAUCUGGGUGCCCAACGACAACCACAUUGGGGAGCGUUGGUGGCGCUCCCAAACCGCACGCUUUCUCCUCCGCUGGCCCUCUGCCCUGCUCUGCCACAUCACCAACCGCGUGCGACACAACACCUACGGGAUGGCUGUAGCAGAGCGGGUCGUAUCCGCUACAGCCAAGCAACAGACCAUUCUCCACUCCACACCCCCCAACACUCCGGAAUCCCAGCACUUGAACUCUCUCCCUGACGCCUCUUCUGCUGUUCCGCCUUCUGUCGCAUACAAGUCGAGCCUAGCCGGGACUGUAUGGCAGAUGAAGGGAUUCGCGGGGUGUGUGAGAACGCGGUGUAAUGAAUCCGAGGCGUGUGCGGGAGCGGGGAGUGCGAAUGCGGGGGGAGGUGCGGCGUUGGAGUUUUCCUCGUUACAAGACGAACCGUUUAUAUUCCGGCCGUACGUCAGCCUGCACGUGCGGCUGAGCGAUAAAUACCUCGAGAUGAAGCUACACUUCUUCGCGACUUAUAUGUACUUUAUGUAUAAGCUGCGGGCGCACGUGCCGAACCUGGAGCACGUGUGGCUCAGCACAGAGAUGCAGAGCGUGAUUGAGGAAACUUCCAACUUUCCGGAUUGGACCUUCCACUACACGACGAGUGGGCGGGUGACGAGUGCAACGCAGAUGCAGGAGGAACAUGUGAAGGACAAGCAGCGCACGGGGGAGAUUUUCGCGAAUCUCAUCAUCACGACGCAAGCGGAUUAUUUCGUCGGCGCGCUCGCGUCGAAUUGGAACCGUCUGAUCGACGAGCUGAGAUCGACCAAUGGGAGGCUGUACUCGGGACACGUGGCUCUGAAUGAGGCCUGGACAUGA